GACGUCACGGCGGUUUAUUUAUGCUGCAAGCUUCCUGCCGAGUCUGGUUACUCUAUCUGCCUCUUAGCGGUGCUCGUUGUUACUCCGCCUCUUCGCGGAUCACACCACGUUUCCAACCGGAGGAAAAGAAAAGUCGACCUCCCGUUUUUUUCUGGGUGGAGUGUCAUUGAGGAAGUCGCCAAGGCAGCUUUCCCGUCAUCAUGGUGAACAUCCCAGAAUACUAUGCAGGGAAAAAUGUGCUGAUAUCUGGAGCAACAGGCUUCAUGGGAAAGGUUCUGCUGGAGAAGCUGCUGAGGUCCUGCCCUGGGGUCAAAACCGUUUACGUAAUGGUUAGGUCAAAAGCUGGGCAGAGCCCUCAAGCCCGCGUAGCCGACAUGAUUAACUGCAAGUUGUUUGAAAAAUUGCAAGCAGAGCAGCCAGACUUUGCAGAGAAGAUCACAGCAGUGAACAGUGACCUCACAGUACUGGAGCUCGAUCUCAGCAAAGAGGAUCAGAGCAUCCUGGUUGAAAACAUCAACAUCGUCUUCCACUGUGCCGCAACAAUCCGCUUCAAUGAACCACUCAAAGAUGCAAUCCAGCUGAAUGUCCUGGCCACACAAAAGAUGCUGGCGCUGGCCCACAGGAUGAAGCACCUGGAGAUCUUUCUUCACGUCUCCACAGCUUACGCCCACUGUGACAGAGAGGUCAUCGAGGAAGUCGUGUACCCGCCUCCUGUAAACUACCGCAAACUCCUUGACACUCUUGACUGGAUGGACGACGAUUUGGUAGCAACACUAACCCCCAAGCUUAUUGGCGAGCGCCCCAACACUUACACCUACACCAAAGCCUUGGCUGAGUAUCUGGUGCAGCAGGAGGCUGGAGACCUCAAUGUUGCCAUCAUCAGACCCUCAAUUGUUGGCGCCAGCUGGAAAGAGCCGUUCCCCGGCUGGAUUGACAACUUUAAUGGACCCAGUGGAAUAUUCAUCGCCGCUGGAAAGGGGAUUCUGCGUACGAUGAGAGCAUCUAAUGAUGCCGUGGCUGACCUGGUCCCUGUAGAUGUGGUCAUUAAUGCAACUCUAGCGGCAGCUUGGUUCUCUGGAUCACAACGAGUCAACAGGCCUAGAAGCAUCCUGGUGUAUAACUGCACAACUGGUGGGAUCAACCCGUUUCGCUGGGGCGAAGUCGAGUACCAUGUAAUAUCCACAUUCAAGAGGAACCCCCUCGAACAGGCCUUCCGUCGGCCCAAUGUUAAUCUCACAUCCAAUCACCUAAUCAAUCAGUACUGGAUUGCCGUGAGCCACAAGGCUCCGGCCUUCCUGUAUGAUAUGUACCUCAGACUGAUUGGACGAGAGCCCAGGAUGAUGAAGACAAUCACUCGGCUGCACAAAGCCAUGAUGGUCCUGGAGUAUUUCACCAGCCAUUCAUGGGUUUGGAACACAGACAACGUGGCCAUGCUGCUGUCCCAUAUGAGCCCUGAGGAUAAGAAGGUGUUCAACUUUGAUGUGCGCCAGCUGCACUGGGCAGAGUACAUGGAAAAUUACUGCAUGGGCACAAAAAAAUAUGUCCUCAAUGAAGAGCUGUCAGGGCUGCCUGCUGCACGCAAACACCUCAACAAGCUGAGGAACAUCCGCUACACCUUCAACACCGUCCUGGUGGUUCUCAUCUGGCGCAUCUUCAUCGCCCGGUCCCAAAUGGCCCGCAACAUCUGGUACUUUGUGGUGAGCCUCUGUUUCAAAUUCCUCUCGUACUUCAGAGCUUCCUCCACCAUGAGAUAAUGAACCACGGACUCUGAGCAAGGCGGCGGCGAGUUGGAGGUGCGAAGAACGCGGCGCCUGUGGACGAUGAGCGCUCUGAGCGAGGAGUGGAAUGAGCUGGAGUCUGCAGUGACUUAAGAGCUUUAAAUAUCCAACUCUUCAACAAGUCCUCGCUAUACGAAACACAGGACUUGUCUCAGAUCAUCAGAGAUUGGGCUAAUCGUUAAGAAGACCUCAUCCUGUUUCCUUUUGGUCCUGCUUCGCAUUCUGCAAAGCUAUGCAUUGAACAAUGCUUUGCUCCAAAGCAUUGUGUUUUGAGUCCUGCCAGGCCAAAACUUACUCUGCAAGAACAGAGAAACUAGCUCUCUCAGCCAGAGCUGCAAGAACAAAACCACAUCAUUCUGUUCCUGUUAUUUGUGCUUGAUCCAUAUUCUGGGGAACUCCUUUUUUUUUUUCUUGUCGUAUGAAAUAUGAACCGAGUGUGAGACGGCGCUGGGGAUCUAUAAAGACUUCCAAAGAGUUUUGUUGUGGAGUUCUUGUAAAGCUUGAAAUGUUCUGGCCCAAAAGAGAUGUAUUCUUGUUCUUGCAGACUUGAGUAAAAUAAAUUUCUCUGUUCUUGUGUUGUAUGAACACGCCUUUAUUAAGCAUAGACAAAUCAACCCACAUUUCUUUAAGCUUUGUUCCACUGAGCUUUCACCUGACUGCAUCAUUUCUACUUGGAGCAUCAAACAUUUCUGUGGUUUUUAGUAGACCUUUUAAAGGAAUGUUUAUGUGAGGGCGGCGUUUGUGCUGAAUCAUGCCUCACUGGACUUUCUUGCUCGACUUAUCCCGGCAUGUUCCUGCAGGGCGGAAAAUAAACUGUCAACAAGAAAGAACUGCUGCAUGUCGUCAGACUGCAGCGGCUCACCUCUAAAUCACAGCCAAAUACAAUGCAGAUUGUGAUGGUUUUACUCAGUGCCUAUACUGACUUUUCUUUUUUGCAUCAGCAAAUUUUACAAAAACCUUGUUGUUUUUUUCCUCUUCUGGUUCCUUUUUCUGUCAAAUAAGUGUCCAAGUUGCAGCUUUGCCAAAUUCCUUUUGUGCCAGUAGCUUAGGUUGAGGUGGGAGGAGAAACUGUCCUCUUUUCAGCUCUUCUUAUUCCAGUUUGUCUGGAAAAGAAAUGCCUUCAGGUUCAUAUUAUACCCUGGGUGAUGCCCUAUAGAUCACUUUUAAAUGUGGGUCUUUGCUUUUGUUGUUCUAUUCCUCUAGAAUUAACUUGAACUCAAACUUUGUCAAAGAUUUUGCUGCUGCCAUUUUGUUGAGUCUGUGUGGAAUAUUCUGUUACACUUUGGAGCCAUUUGUUCAGCGUCUAUAAAAAUCUAAAUGUGCUUUUUCAUUUUUUUGUGUGUUUUUUUUCCCCUCAUUCUCAAGUCUCGCGUUUCUCUCGGCCUUAACUGCUAGCGUCAUAGAAAGUCUCAAUACUGAAAACACCUUCUCCUGUUUAUCCUCUGUUACCUUUCUUAUUUAUUUAACCCGCCACGAGUUGGUAAUUGCAUGCGUCUUCUAAAAGUGUCUUCAUGUCUGUCGUGUCGUCAUACCAGCAUCUUUAAGGAAUGUGAUUCUCUCAGCAUUAGCAAAUGUACGUAAACCCCAAAAUCCUGUGCCUGAACUCUUGUUAAUAUCUGAAUGUGGAAAAGACAAAAAAAAGAGUAACCAGAUGUGUUUUCUAACUCUAUUGUGUACAGCUCUAUUUAGAUAGAUUUGAAGAGAUGAACAGAUGUAUUUUUCUGCUUGUCAUCACAUGCCUACUUUAUGAAAGCUUACUGAAGUAGCCUCAGCUUAUGUAAAUAAAAGCUGCUGAAAUCCACAGUUUAGUGCCAUUUUAGCUUAAAUUUGUAGUCUGUUUAUGUGAAUGUACUUGUGUCCUUCUGUCUGUUUAAAAAAAAUAAACACUUUGUAAAGUCAGAUGUUUUUUUUUCAGGCUUUAACGUCUGGUGUUGGCUGUAAGAGGAUGAGAUUUGAGUUAUUGUCUGGUUGAGUGAAUAAAUUGUAGCUGCUGUGCCUAAUUUC